GCGACACACCACGCGUCGCCGCCGGCCUCCGGCACCGCCACCGAAUCGCUGCGUUUCCUUCCUCCGCGUCGGUCACCGAGGCGACGCGCCCCCCGCUCUUCCAGAAGCUUCCAGAAGGGUUGUGGCCGCCCACCGAGCCGCCCUGCCCUUCCGAGGCAUUCACCUUCCCGCGCCGAGAUCUCCCCCCGUCCUCCUCCGCGCUUGAUCUGACAUCCGGGAGGAGGAGCUAUGGCGGUGGGGACGCUGCCGCGGACGAUGGACGCGCUGUCGCGGCGGGCGACAAUGCUACGGGACUCGCUGCGGAGGAGCCAGGGGAACACGGACGGCAUGGUCGCCAUCCUCGGCUCCUUCGACCACCGCCUCUCCGCGCUCGAGGCCGCCAUGCGCCCCACCCAGGUGAGGACGCACGCGAUCCGGACGGCGCACGAGAACAUCGAUAGGACGAUCAAGGCCGCCGACAGCAUCCUCUCGCAGUUCGACCUCGCCCGCCGGGCUGAGGCGGCAAUACUGAGGGGUCCCCAUGAGGAUUUGGAGAGCUACCUUGAGGCAGUGGAGGUGCUGAAAGGCAUCGUUCGCUUCUUUAACUCGAAUAAGAACUUCAAGAGCAGUGAUUCUGUUUUGACUCAUGUCAACAACCUGUUAGCCAAGUCUACUAUGAAGAUUGAAGAGGAAUUUAAGCAGCUGAUGAGUACAUACAGCAAACCUAUUGAGCCUGAUCGCCUGUUUGAUUGUCUCCCCAAGUCUAUGCGGCCAACAAAAGGUGACCAGGAGGCUGAUGGAGGCGGUCGCUCUGAUUAUCAAUCCAAAGGCUUGGAGACUGCCAUAUACAGGACUCCAACGCUAAUUCCUCCCAGAAUAUUGCCUCUCAUGAAUGACAUAGCUCAGCAGUUGGUUCAGGCUGGAAAUCAGCAGUCUUGCUACAAAAUCUACAGAGAUUCCCGUGCUUCAGCACUAGAAAUGAGCCUUCGGAAGCUAGGAGUGGAAAAGCUUAGUAAAGAUGAUGUACAAAAAAUGCAAUGGGAGGCUUUGGAGGCUAAAAUUGGAAAUUGGAUACACUUUAUGCGAAUUGCGGUCAAAUUACUACUAGCAGGGGAAAGAAAAAUCUGUGAUCAGAUUUUUGAUGGCGUCAACUUUAACAAGGGCCAUUGUUUUGCUGAACUGACAGCAAAUAGUGUUUUAACUCUUUUCAGCUUCGGAGAUGCUGUUGCUAAAAGCAAAAGGUCCCCUGAAAAGCUGUUUGUAUUGCUCGACAUGUAUGAAGUAAUGCGUGAACUUCAACCAGAGAUUGACGAAAUAUUUGAAGGCAAACCUUGCACAGAGAUGCGGGAAGCUGCAUCAAGCUUAACAAAGCGCUUGGCACAAACUGCUCAGGAAACAUUUACAGAUUUUGAGGAGGCAGUUGAAAAAGAUGCUUCAAAAACUAUUGUUCAGGAUGGAACCGUCCACCCUUUGACUAGCUAUGUGAUUAAUUAUGUUAAGUUCCUAUUCGAUUAUCAGUCGACAUUGAAGCUACUAUUUCUGGAAUUUGAUAGUGGCACUGAGGCAGAAUCUCAGCUUGCCGCCGUUACCACAAGGAUAAUGCAGGCCCUACAGAAUAACCUGGAUGGAAAAUCUAAACAGUAUAAGGAUCCUGCAUUAACUUACUUAUUUCUUAUGAACAACGUCCACUAUAUGGUUAGAUCUGUUCGCAGAUCAGAAGCAAAAGAUAUACUUGGUGAUGACUGGAUUCAGAGGCAUCGCAGGAUUGUGCAGCAAAAUGCCAAUCAGUAUAAACGUGUUGCUUGGGCAAAGAUUCUUCAAACACUUUCUGUUCAAGGCGCGGGCAGCAGUGGUGACCUUAGCAGCAGUGGAGUCUCAAGAGCUAUGAUCAAAGAACGGUUUAAGUCUUUCAAUAUGCAAUUCGAAGAGCUUCAUGCCAAGCAAUCACAAUGGAUUGUACCUGAUCAAGAACUGCGAGAAUCCUUGAGGCUUGCUGUAGCCGAAGUUCUGUUGCCAGCCUAUAGAUCUUUUAUCAAACGCUUUGGCAAUCUUGUGGAGAACAACAAGAAUCCGCAGAAGUACGUUCGAUACAGCCCAGAAGCGGUGGACCAACUUCUAGGCCAGUUCUUCGAAGGACAGCAAUGGGCGGAGCAAAAGCGCUGAGCACGGAGAGGGACAGCAUGAGUACAGCCAGACGCCAAGCACUACCUAAUUUUCUUCUUUCAGAAAGCAUGCCUAAUUUUCUUUUUCAGCAUUUGGGUGGCUGACACGGCAAGUUAACGGGUGAAAAUGUGCUGGUGACGUUUUCCUGAUGGAGGUCUCAACUGUAUCGUGGCAUUGACCUGAAAAGGAAAAAGAAACCUACAUUGUGGGUUCACAAUCAGCAGCUCGAAUACUAAUCCUUCGCUGGUGCUGUAGAGUAUGUUUAAUGAGUAUAGACCUCUCUAUGGCAACAAAACAGUUUCCUAAGAUAGAUGAUAGUUGGAUCGGAAUGGCUUAAGCCUAAAUUCAGUA